AUGCCAUUUGAUAGCUCUUCACGACCAAGUCAAAAAGUCAUCUCAUUCAGAAGACACAGCGCGCCGUCUUCGCUUAAAAAUGGAUAUCGAAUGAAUCAAGAGGAACCACGAAUCUCGCAAAGAGAGCGAAGAAGAAUUGAAACAAUGUCUGGUGUUCAACUAUUGAAAUACGUGGCUCUAGAGUUAGGUUUUCCGGAAUUCGAGAAAAUCAUGCCAUCCGUUGAAUACGUCUUUGAAAGAUUGUGCUACACUCAACAAAUUGGAGUUCCCAAUCCUCGCAAUUCAUAUUUCUUUCACUUUGCCACAAUGUAUAUUAAGUCUCGUCAACCUUUGUUAAUGCCCUGGGAAGAAGAUUUAAAACUAUUUAAAUCAACUGCCUUCGUCAAAAACAAUCAUGAAGAAUGGAAAAAAACUCACCCACAACCGAUUCUGAUUGACAUGAUGCCAAAUGAUCCAGAGAAGAAAAAAAAGGAGAAGAAGAGCACCAAACGAGCAAUUAGUAGUGACUCUGAGACCGACGGGCUCACUGAAAUCAAAUCAAAUCCUGCUUCUCCAACCGACAACCUCGAGUUCAAACGGCAGUGUAUUAUGAAUAAACUAAAAAAUGUCCGAGAAACGCACCUUAACAAACGAACACCUUCCAAUCUUCAUCAAGUGCUCCAACAGUUCAAAUCCAAAAUGUAUUAA